GUGUUUUCUAAAAUGUUUAAAUUUUAUUAAUAAAAAAAUGGAGAGUUUUAAAGGAAUAAGACAUAAUAUUAAGUAUCGAAAUUAAUGUAUAAUUACUGUAAAUUCAGAUGUAUUUUUUCGCAUUCGAUCUGUUGUAUUUUUACUAAACUGGACUAUGGUUCAGUAAUCUACAAAUCUGACGGUAACAUCACAGUGUAAGCUGUGAUGUUACGCGUGAUAUUCUAGAUUCGUGAAUUCAAGAACUGAUAUCUUGUGAUUGUCAAUAGCAAUAUUAUGGCUUGUAUAUUAUUUUUUAAAGUGGUGAAGAUAAUGGAGAAAUCUUGAGAGUUUGUAGUUCGCAGCAAGUUAGAAAGAGGGCACUUCGAGUGCGACGCUUGUAGCCAGUGGUUCCUUGAUAUCCUUGGUCAUGUUUACUGCUCCCGCCUUCGCCAGUGUCUUGUUUGUCUUUGCAGUUCAUCUACAAAGAACAGUAUCGGAAUCAGAAGAAAUUAUCGUUAGGGGCCAGAAAUGUCCAAAAGUUAGUGGAACCUGCACUGGUGAAUGGGUCUCCUUUCAAAUCUACGGCAGGUCUUACAAUGAUGUCGGGCGUCCAGUGCAUGUUGCAAACGAAACGAGCAACAUCACAGCAACGGGAUUUAAUCGGGAUCUGGCCACCGCCAUCUUGAUUCAUGGCUUUGCAGACUCGAGCAGAUCAUUCCUAAUGGUUGACAUGAAGAAUGAACUGCUGAGACACAGCAACAUGCAGGUGGUCCUGAUGGAUUGGUCCAAGCUGGUUCCUGGAGGAUGCUAUUUCACGUCCGUCUACAACGUACAGUAUGCGGGGAGGUGUCUCUCAGACCUGAUACUCUCGAUGGACCUGCCUUCAUCCGGGCUGCAUGUGAUCGGGUUCAGUCUUGGAGGACACGUCCCAGCCUUAGCAGCAGACUUCUUAGCUCCGUACAAGAUACCGAGAAUCACAGGUUUGGACCCGGCGCUGCCACUGUUUUGGGGAUAUUUCUCGCAGAGAAGACUUCGCAAGGAUGAUGGAGUAUUCGUAGAUGUGAUACAUACCAAUGCCUUCGUGGAGGGCCACUUCCUACCACUUGGCCAUGUGGACUUCUUUGUCAACGGCGGUAUCAUUCAGCCGGGCUGUGGCGGUUCCUUGUUAGAUAAAAUCGGUUGCUCUCAUGCAAGAUCACCCAUGUAUUUUAAUGAAUCGAUAAACAGCGAAGUUGGGUUCUGGGGCUGUACUGCUAAGUACAGGAAUAUCGAAAGCUCUUGUAAGCCUGAAGAAAUUAAAUGGCUGAUGGGUUAUCAUGUGGACAACAAUCUUCGCGGAAUAGUCAUUCUUAAAACAGCUAGCAACCCGCCAUUUGCACUUGGAAAGCCAUGAAAAAUGAUCACAGGAUAAAUGAUACAACAUGUUAUUUAUUUAAUUAAUGAGAUGGAAUAGAAAUACCAUUCCACAAAUCAAUGUAAAUAUAUUUGAAAGUAUUAAUAAAUCAAGUUUAAUGGCAUAUAGAGCAGAGAAACAAAUUAAGAAUUACACAAGAAUACUUUAAGCAAGGCAAUCAAAGAAAAUGUACUAAUGGGAAAAGACAGAAGAUAAAAUAAAACAAAAAAAAGUACGAUUGGAUUCCUAAAAUCCUAAAAAAUGUAGAAGGAAGUCAUCGGAACUUUAACUUAAACAACGAAGUGCUACAGCAGGAAAUUCUUUAAAUGAAAUAUAAAAUAAAGAUUGAAUUUAAUAGAAGGUUUGAGUUUUAAAGAGACAUUUUUAAGCUUGUGCUGCUAUCUAUUGCAUAUCAGUGAAUGCUUAGUUAUCUCCAUUAUUUUCAUCGAGAUCUGAUUUCAUAUCCUACCAAUAUUAAUAAACAGUUUCUGUUAAAAACCUAAUACGUUCUGACAGAAUGUCUCUUAAUAAAGCUUCAGGCACAAUAUCUUACAAAUCACAGAAGAUGCCACAAGUAUGAAGUUAAGAUAAUUUUAUACUUUAGACUACAUCUUGUCUGAGAUAUGAGGAAUCCUUAUCUUGUAUUUAAAGAAAAACAUAAUGUUGAAUACUAUGAGAACUAUGUGACCUCUCUUCAAGUUUCUGUUAAUAAAUAUGAUGAUUAAGAUAAUACCAGUUGUAAAUAAAAAAGAAAACCUUGUUCACAACGGAUGACUUCUGAAUCUUAUUAAAUUUGAAUUUUCUGUAUUCGUUCUUAUUUCAGUAUUUUGAUUUACUGUUUAAUACAUGUUUUGUUUAUCC